AUCUGCCGAGCCAGCGCUGGAAGAGGGAGGGAACGGGCCGAGAGCGCCGUUACCGGAGAUGGCCUGGCCGGCGCGGCGCUGCGGGAGGCGGUGCGGGAGGCCGUGCGUGGGGCGGUGCGGGAGGCGCUGCGAGCAGGGCGCGGGUGCCGGGGCCCGCCGCUUCGGGAACAAGAAAACCGUUGAUUAUUCUCAAUUUGGGGAUUUAGGAGAUGAUGAUGAAGACUUUGCGUAUAUAGCUGCACCUUCAAGCAAAAAAUCAAGAACACAGCUCAAGGACCCAAAGAAGGAGAAAAAAGAGAAGCAAAAAAAGCCACUUGAAUUGAGUAGUUCACAAAAGCAGACACCUACUAAAAGGAUAUCCUUGGAUGACAAACUUUAUCAAAGAGGUUUAGAAGUUGCCUUAGCCUUAUCCCUCAAAGAAAAAUCUGCAAAUAUCCUUGAGGUGCAAAAUUCAGAAGAGCAAGGAAAGAAUAUUGAAUCAGAAGAUGUACAUGGGAGACCUGCUUUUUCCAACUGCAGUGUAGACAGGGAACUUUUAUGUCUAAAUCAGGUUAUGGAUGGUGAUGAAUUUAAGGCUUACUGUAGCCAAAGGACAGCAGCAUCUAAAGUUCCAGCACAUCAGAAGUUCCUGACCGUUGACAGUGAUGAUGGAGAGCAUGCUACUGACUCUGAGCCAGAGUCUGUACCCAGUGAGGAGUCAGAAGAUUCAAAUUAUAGUGAAGGUGAUGAUGAAGACUUUGCUAUGGAAAAAAAGAAAGCCAAAGGAAAUAAAAAGAAAACGAAACAAAAGAUGCCAUCUGAAAGAGAGAAAAAAAAUCCCAAAUCUGAGAUUAACACUACAGUAUCACCUGUAGUGUCUCCUUCCUGGAUAAUGGAACAAAAAUCUGAGCCAACACAAAAAAUUAUGUCCGAUUCUUCAGAACCAGUUGGGAGGCCUUUACAUACAUCGAGUCCUGUAACAGUCAAGAGGCCUAAAUGGAUACCACCAGCUGCAUCAGGUAGCAGUAAUAACUCUAUGAAAUAUGGUUCUGUUAAGUCACCAACUCAGUGUCUUAGACUUGGCCUCUCCAGACUAGCAAGAGUCAAACCACUGCAUCCCAGUGCUACCAGCAGCUAAGUGGUCAGUGACAACGCGCCACACGAAGGAGAAGACUUCAGAAAGUGUUUUGCUUGUAAAUGGAAGAUGGGCAGAUAAAGCUUUGUGGCAUUGUCCAUCUUAGAGGACUGUUUUUAUGUACAUGGCUAAUACUAUCACAAGUUUUUAUUCUGCAAAAUGCUGGGCAUCCUUAAGUGCUACUAAAUAAUAACAUUAUUUAGUCGAGGUGACAUCUGAGUCACCAGCUUUGUGAUGUAUUAUACUCAGAGGUCUGGGUUUGUAAUAAUUGGAAUUCUCUGAUAAUCUAAACUCCUGGCAUUAAAAUAGUCUAGACAGCACUAUGUCAGUUAGAGAAUUCAAUAUCUCAAAUCUAUUCUUAACACAAGUGAAAGUAACAAUUUGAACAAUUUUUCUUUUAAGAGUGAAUGUAUCACUCUCUACCCCCUUGGAAAGUUUGUCACCACUCUUUCAAAACCUAUUAAUGUUUGCAUGUCUUACCAUGUCAAUUUUAAUAAAUUUUUAUGUAUUAAAGAUAUAAGAAAUGUUUUUUGGGAUGUUGUAUUUUAAAAAAUAAUCAAAAUAAAAUAUUUUGUAUAGUACCAUUUA